AUGAGGAAGCAGAGCUUGCGCACCGCCGCGCUCAUCCUGUGCAUUCUGUCCUACCUGCUGGUGGGCGCUGCCGUCUUCGACGCGCUCGAGUCGGAGGCGGAGAGCGGCCGCAAGCGCCUGCUGGCCCAGAAGCGGAGCGAGUUGCGGAGGAAGUACGGCUUCUCCACGGAAGACUACCGCGAGCUGGAGCGCCUGGCGCUGCAAGCCGAGCCGCACCGCGCCGGCCGCCAGUGGAAGUUCGCCGGCUCCUUCUACUUCGCCAUCACCGUCAUCACCACCAUCGGGUACGGCCACGCCGCUCCGGGCACAGACUCAGGCAAGGUCUUCUGCAUGUUCUAUGCGCUCCUGGGCAUCCCCCUGACGCUGGUCACCUUCCAGAGCCUGGGUGAGCGGCUGAAUGCGCUGGUGCGGCGCCUCCUGCUGGCAGCCAAGCGCUGCCUGGGCCUGCGGCGGCCGCACGUGUCCACCGAGAACAUGGUCGUGGCCGGGCUGCUGGGGUGCGCGGCCACUCUGGCCCUCGGGGCUGCCGCCUUCGCGCACUUCGAGGGCUGGACCUUCUUCCACGCCUACUACUACUGCUUCAUCACCCUCACUACCAUCGGCUUCGGCGACUUCGUGGCGCUGCAGAGAGACGAGGCGCUACAGAGGAAGCCGCCCUACGUGGCCUUCAGCUUCCUCUACAUCCUCCUGGGGCUCACGGUCAUCGGCGCCUUCCUCAACCUCGUGGUCCUGCGCUUCCUGGCGGCCAGCGCAGAGGCGCCCGAGCGCAGUGCUCGCCAGCUCCGCCGGGGGGCGCCCGAGAGCUGCGGCCCCGCCCUGCCCCGCCGCCCCGCCCACCCUGCCGGCUCCACCCCCGCCUACUUCCGCGUCCACCAGCUGGAGUUGUGGGUCCGCGACAAUCUGGGCUUCUCGCCCCCGGCGAGCCCUGGGGUACGGGGAGGCGGCAGCGGGGCAGGCAGGGCCCCUGCGCGGCGUAAAUCCAUCUGACAGCCCAACCCCGGCCAGGGGGCGAUUUUAGAACCGAAGGGUCUGGAUCCACCUGUCAGUGACCCCUCCCCAGUGUCUGGAGAGGGGCGAGGGGCUCUGGCUUCAAUGUGGUCCUCUGCCGCCAGCAGUUUUUCAUUCCCUUCUACGGCAAGCCCCUCCCUCUGCUCCAAAAAUAUAUUAAAGUCGCAUCAUAAGCACAAGCACGACUCUAAAGUCGCCCAGUAGGUGCAAAUCCCUUUUGGUCCAAAUUGUUUUAGGAAGGCAUUGACCACAUCCGCCACCGGGGAGAGGCUCUCCACAGGACCAUGUUACUAGCCAGCCCUGUGGAGAGGAAGCAGGUGCCUGUUUUUCUACUGUGUGAAGAGAUGGGUUUUCCGUAUUGUAGGGGAAAUGCAGGGCUUUCAACACUGGAAUCCUACCAGUGAGGCCAGCUGCUCCCACCAGGAGAAGUACAGGCAUCAGAUGGGCUGAAGGGAAACACUUACAGUCCAGCGUGGACCGGUGGGCAAAUCCCUGCACUACUGAAAGGAUGACUCAUUCUCUUACUGAGCAUAGAGAGUGGAACAGGCCCCUCCACCAAAUCUAAUGGUCUGUGUCCUUGGCCAGCCCCACUUUGGGAUGACGGAGGGAGGCUUGUCGACACCAACCAUGUCACGGGAUCAUAAUCUCUUCUGGGAACUGUGAGAUCCGGAUACUGCCAGUCCCCCCAAGGCCACCUUGGGGAGUCUCAUCCCUCCCUGGGCCUCAGUUUCCACAUCUGUAAAAUGGGUUCACACAGAAUCCUGUUCCCUCCUGUGCAUCUCUGGAAGCGUUUCUGGGACAGACCCCUG